AUGGAUAAUUGGAUACCAUGUUAUCAUCAGCCUGAAGAUUUAAUUCCUCACCUACAUCAUAAUCCUCAAUUAAGAUUAGAUUCAAGGAUACCGAAAAAGAUUACCAAGACCUUUUACGAUAAAUAUUCAGAUUUAUACUGGGUUGGUGAUUCUAUUGGCAAACUUUCUGCUUAUUACAGACAGGUGAUUCCAUCAGGACAGUCUGUUCAACAACAUUCAUUAAACACUUAUCAUUUAUAUACGAGGCAUUCAGUUUCUAAUUUUCUCAUGGGUCCCGCAGAAUCAGGCAUAUUUGAUGGGGUUUCCACCCCCGAUGGUCUCUUAACAGUAACUGAUACGUCAUUAAAUUUCAGUAAUAGAAGGGGGUUAUUAAUGGCAAAUUACACAUCUUUAAAUCUACAUGAAUUAACCUAUGGUAUCAAAGCAAUAACAGCAAAUGAUUUUAGUAAUACAAACUGUUUUAUCGGUGGGAGUUACGAUUCCAUCUUCAAUAUUGACUAUAAACAGGGGAAACUUGUUUCGAGAAUAGACUAUUACAUGAAGAACAUUAACGUAAUGAAAAGCAGUGAUCAGGCAAGCAAUAAACUGAUUUUUGUUGGGAAUGAUAAUGGCAGCGUCGAUAUAAUCGAUACUACAUCCAAUAAAGUAGUAACGUCUUUGAAAGCACAUGCAUCCUAUGUAUCUGAUAUUGAUGUAGCAAAUAAUACAUUGGUAACUGUGGGUAAAACCAAAAAAUUUGAUUAUAUAUCUGAUCCAUAUGUUAGAGUGUUUGAUUUGCGGAUUAUGAGAGAUUUGACACCAAUUGCGUUCACAGCUGGUGCUGAUUUUGUACACUUACACCCCGUUUUACCGUCAGUGGUGGUAACGGCAUCUAAUUUCGGCCAAUUUCAAUUUACAGAUAUGUUCAAUCCAACAUUAACCCAUACAUAUACUCACCCAGGGAAGAUCACACAUUUUAACAUCUCCUACAAUGGUGAUUACUUGGGAAUCGUUGGCUCUGAUGAAAGUAUGAUACAUACGUGGAGUAGAACUGGUGGCACUACAAGAUUUUUAAAUUCAAUGAGUUCACCCUUGGAGUUUGCUGAUAUGAACAACGAUUUGCCAGCAAAGGAGCCGUUUAAAAUUGAUGAUUACACGAAACCGUUAAGUUCUGUAGGCAUGUCCUCAUAUGAUGAACUAUUGCUAAGUUCAUGGAAUAAUACGAUUUUCAAUUCUAGUGGAACUGUUCCGAAUUUUUUCAGGCCAGAUUUAAAGUUCCCCAAUGGCAAUGCCAACGGUAUCUAUAACGCCAAUACUCCAUCGUUUCAUAGUUUAUACAACAAAUAUCAUUUAAUACCAUACAAUAAAAGCAGUUAUGGUCCCCCAUAUGAGAAAUAUAUUUCAAUCAAACACGUUCAAGAAAACAUGACAGUAAACGAUGAGAGCUUGAAAUGGGAAAUUUUCAAACUUGACAAGGAAAAUGGCUCAAAAAAUUUGUCUAAUGCUUCAACUGUAGUACAACCUACUGUGGGAAACACAACUAACGUCACUUCUUUAUCGACUUCCUUAUCCUCAUUAUCACAACCAACUGCAACAUCAAUAUUAUCAGGAUCCCCGCCUUUAUUAUUUCGUCGAGUUAAAAAGACCCCGAAAACCGAAUACAGUGAUCUAAACAACACUAAAUAUUGUGGAUUAAUAAAUUUACCAGAUGGGAAUGCACCAAAUUCCUUGAUUCAACUAUAUAAAUUUACACCAUACUUUAAUAAUCUGGCAAGAGAACAUUUAUUGAAGCCCUUUGUCACCACAACGCUGAUACACGAAUUAGGCUAUGUUUUUGAUUGCAUUGGAUGUGAAAAUAAAUCCAAAUGUUUUUUCCCAAAAAAUUUUAUUGAAUUAGUCAGAUAUAUGAGAAAGAAAGACAGCAACGAUAUCAAAUAUAUUAACAAAUUUAUUUGCAAAACAAUCAGUAAAGAGACGAAAGUUUCACUUAGAGCAAACUAUGAUGAGGUUUUAAUUUUAAAUAGUACAGCAAAUAAAAGACAGUCUACACCUACCAUUUUACAUUAUAUAGAACACAGCUUCAAUUCCUUUAAAAACAAUAUAGCUGGUUUUAACAACUCCCUCACCAGUGGUAGUAAGAAGUGCUCAAAACUUCCAGAAUCUUUUGUUUUGAAUGUUGAUAUAUCCAGUGCUGAUUUAAACGAAAAAUGCUACGGUAAAAAUCACAAUUGGCUACUAAACAUUUUUCAUUUAGGUAUUACGAAACUAAAUAAUCAAUUUAUUUUUAAAGAAAAUGCUGAAGAUUUGCCAAGGUUUUGUGCUGAAAAAUGUGAAUAUGAACUGAACGGAUUCGUGGCAAAAGUUAAGUAUAACGACAAUAUGUCUCACAAUUAUGUUACUUUUGUGAAAAUAUAUCAAAAAACAAACACAGCCACAGAAUAUAAGUGGUUCAUGUUUAAUGAUUUUGUUGUUGUUGAAAUGCCUGAAGAAAUAGUAUUGGACUUUAAAAAUAAUUGGAAAGUCCCACAGGUUAUUAUAUAUACCAAGAAAGAUGUGUUAAAAGAGUUUUGUACAAUUAAUAACGAUUACAUCAAUAGUAUAACACACAACGUUCCGCAGAAAAUUUUUGCUCAGGAAUUCACAAGAUUAACCAAUAUUGAGGAAGUUCCUGUGAAGGGCACCUUAUUGGCAAUGGAUUCUGAAUUUGUCUUAGCUUCGAAUAAUAAGUAUCAUAUAGAUUGUAAUGGAAAUGUUGAUUUAAUACAAGCAGCUAGAGUGGUUUUAGCAAGGAUAUCAGUGUUAUAUGGUGACUACAAGAAUAUGGGGAAAAUCAUGUUUGAUGAUUACAUUAUCCACAAGGGUCAUAUUGGGGAUUACCUAACACGUUAUAGUGGUAUAUCCCCUGGCGAUUUGGAUCCAGACAAAAGUAACAAAAAAUUGUGCCAGAGACAAUUAAGCUAUAGAAAAUUUUGGUUACUAAUUAAACUGGGCUGCAUUAUUGUAGGCCAUGGUUUACCAAAUGAUUUUGCUGGUAUUGGGAUCUAUGUUCCAAAUAAUCAGGUGGAAGAUACUGCCACUUAUUUCUGGCAAGGUGGGAGGUACUUGUCUUUAAGAUAUUUGGCCCAUGUAUUGUUAAAAAAUGACAUUCAAACUGGUGAUCAUGAUUCUAUAGAAGAUGCUCAUAAUGCAUUACUGCUCUUCAAAGAAUAUUUGAAUUUAAAGGCUACUGGUGAUUUUGAAGGUAUGAUUGAUAAAAUAUUUCGUGAGGGUCGUGCUGUUAAUUACAAAGUUCCCAGUGAGGCUAUUAUUGAUUCGACAAUUAUUAGUACUAAACAUUUUGAAGAAAAAGAAUAA